AGAGAGAGAGAGGGAGAGCUCUCCUGCGAUCGGAUGGGUGGUGAGUGAGUAGUGGCUGCUCCCCGUAGUCCCUUGGUUCUGUGCAAUAUGCUCAGGGACAGCAACCACCACCAUGUCCAUCAUCCUAACGCCAGCCCAUAGCCCAUCUCCCGCUUUUCUCUACCAUCGAGUCUCCUUAUCUUCUUUGGUUUCCCAUUCGAAGGGCGUGCUGUUUCCCGCCCGAGCAGAUGUAUGCCGUGUUUAUGCUUCCAAGAGGACUUGGUGGGAUCCAGAUGGGGAGAACGUACGGAAGGAGAGGAGGUCCAGGAAUGGGCUUCUUGACGACGAGGACGAAGAUGUAGAUAAAAGAUCAUGGUGGUCUCGCUCUGCUGACGACUACGAUGACUAUUACUAUGAUGAUGGUGAUUCUUUGUUCUUUGAGGACGAAGACGAGGUGGGGUGGACAGACGUUGGUUUUUUCAAGGUUCUGAAGUCAUACGGUUGGAUGCUUCCAGCCAUUAUAUUAUCUAUGCUGCUGGCAACAGGGCCCAAAGCUUUUCUCAUGGCACUGGCCCUUCCUCUAGGGCAGACUGCCUUUUCCUUUGCAGCUGACAAGUUGUGGGGCAACACAAGAGCUGCCCCAAAGCCACCAAAGUACAAGUCCAGAAAGUCAAAGUAUACCAACUCAUAUGCAGCCCGUGAUCGCAAGCCACAAACUCCAAACAAUGUCUCGGAAGUAAACAGCAGCAGAAGCAGCAGCAGCAGCGGCAACUCAUGGGCCACUUCUGGUAAAGCAUCAGGAACAGGGCCAACUUUUGGGGGGUGGGAUGAAUUAGACAUCAAGGAACCUAGAAGGCAGCCGCUUGAACCAAAACGAGAAUCAAGACCAAGCUCCGUGGGUGCAAGCAAAGGAAGCUCAAAGAAGCAAAGCAAGAUGGUUAGGAGGGGGAGGAAUGGUGAAAUGCCUUUACUGUUGAGAUUACUAAUAGCUGUUUUUCCCUUCCUUGGCUCUUGGGUUAAGAUUCUUUGAAAUUUUGAACAACUUAAAGGGACAUAAUAAAAAUUGUUCAAUGGUUCAAUAAUCUCAUUCAUCUUCAGCCCAUCACGCACAUGCUGCUGCAAGAAGUGCUCUUGCUUUAUGAACUUUAUCUAAUAAAGAUAGCCUAUACUUUAUGCAA